AUGCGCAUCUAUGCCCUUGUGCCUGCAACCCUCCAGCUGAUAUUAGUGGAAAAUGUGCGGUUACUUGAUCGUUUAUCUUCAAGAAAAGCUGCAGUGGGAACCCUGUACUUAACAGCUACUCACGUCAUAUUUGUGGAAAAUGGUUCUGAAACUCGUAAAGAAACCUGGGUUCUCCACAGCCAAAUUUCCUCCAUUGAGAAGCAGGCCACAACUGCCACAGGUUCCCCAUUGCUGAUCCGCUGCAAGAACUUCCAGGUUAUGCAGCUGGUCAUCCCUCAGGAGCGAGACUGCCACAAUGUCUACAUCUCUCUAAUUCGUCUGGCACGGCCAGUGAAAUAUGAGGAGUUGUAUUGUUUCUCAUUCAAUCCAAAAUUAAAUAAAGAAGAAAGAGAGAAAGGCUGGAAGCUUGUGGACCUCAAUGAAGAAUAUAACCGGAUGGGUAUUCCAAACAGCUACUGGCAGAUUAGUGAUGUAAACAGAGACUAUGGAGUCUGUGACUCCUAUCCUACAGAAGUGUACGUACCAAAGUCUGCAACUGCACACAUCAUAGUGGGGAGCUCUAAAUUUCGGAGCCGAAGGCGUUUUCCAGCUCUUUCCUAUUACUGCAAGGAUAAUAAUGCCUCGAUAUGUAGGAGCAGCCAGCCUUUAUCUGGCUUUAGUGCUAGAUGCCUUGAAGAUGAACAGAUGCUUCAGGCCAUUAGAAAAGCAAACCCAGGAAGUGAUUUUAUAUACGUUGUUGACACUCGGCCUAAAGUAAGUAAAGCAUCGAGCGGGGCAAUUCCAGACACCGAGCUGCCAAGAGACCCCCGCGCCGUGCCCCGGAACGACGCAGCCGAGCUGGGCCGCGCCGAGCAUCCCCGCCGCCGGGCAGCAUGGCGGCUGCGGGAGGUGGAGCCAGCCGCUGACCUGCCGGCACCCGAACAGCCGCAUCCUCUGCUCUGA